AUGUACACAGCACAGAAGCAGGCAGAAGAUGUGGUCAUCGACUGUGUCUGGGCUGAUGGCGAUAGAGGCAACGAGGUAGAAGGGUGGCCGGUGCAUCAGUCGGAUGCAAACCUGCGGGGACUGAUGGCCAGCAGCUGGAGGAAGUAUGGACACGCUGGCAGGGGGACACAUGAGUGGUUAACUAGCGAAUCAAGCCUACCUCUCCUGGAAACCCAGCUGCAGGGCACCCAGAAGGUAAGUUCCGCGAAAGACGACGUGGAGCCCUUCCUGUGCAUCCUUCUUCCAGCGACCAUCCUGCUCUUCCUGGCCUUUCUGCUGCUGUUCCUGUACCGCCACUGCAAGGCCGCUAGGCCCCGGGGGCAGGUGUUCAGCAUCGACCUCCCAGAGCACCCCACCUCGGCGGGAGAGGUCACGGACUUGCGGCCCGGCCUCCCCUGGAGCGGCGAGCCUGGCUUCCCUUACUCCCCGCUGCCCUGGGAGGCGGCCCUCGUCCACCCUCCUACGUGCUCACCACCCUCCUACGAAGAGGCCACCAGGACCCGCCCUGGGGCAGGGACUCUGGAUGCAGGCCUGCGGCGUCAGGAGGGGUCACCUGGCCCGGAGGAGCAACUAUAA